GAAAAAUAUUAUUCCAAACUGGAGAAGCAUUUAGGAAUGUUUUUAAAUUACAAAGAAAAUACUUAUGUUAAGCAUCAAAGAAUCGAAUUCCCUCUUGAUGUCAAAGAAGUUCAAAACGAAGAUUUUUUUAGCAUUAUCCUAGUCACACCACAUUUAUUUGUUAACGUUAUUGAAACCGAACAAAG